UGACUUGUUUAAUGGCCCACGGAGCCACCUUUGGUGGGGUUUCAUUCCUGUCUAGUACAAAAAACCCAGCGUUAGUCCAAUGUCAAACACUCAAAUAUCUCCAUCCUGAAACCCUUGGUAUGUUGCCUUUGGCCCCUGGGCUCAAUGAUUUCAUUCACCUCAUGAAAGUGGGAGGUUUUGUGUGUCUUAAAGUUUAGAAUAAUAACAUUUUAGGCAGAAUUGUUUGCAAAUUUUGCUCUGUAUCUGUCUCAAUGAGACAUUUCCCAAACAGACUUAAAUGCAAACAGGUCAAUAUUUUAAGCAACUUUUGCCUUAAUAAUUAAGCAUUUACUACUUUCACUCUCUUCAUGAGAAUGGUUUGUCCCUCCCUGGAGUGCAUGGGAGAGGAACUAGCAUUCCUCUGGGAUAUGCUGUCACUGCAUUUAUUUGGGAACAUCCCAAAAAGGCCCUCACUCUCCUUGUGGAGUCCAAUAUACCAAGGGUUUGAAUAAUUAUGGUUUAAUUCAAAAGUGAUAUCUUCCAAGAGGUGCCACAUGGGCACUGGUCCUAGUUUUUUAUUCCAAGUUUUCUUGUUCAUCCUUGAUAUAUUUAAUAGAAUUUUGCUAAAUAAUAAACUCUUCUCUCUGUUAUUUGUGUGUGUGAUUUUUGUAGUGGAGAAGGCAAAUGCAAAGCCCUUCCAGAUGACUGAAAAACAGUGGGUCCUCUGCAGCUACAGGGGAUUCUAGCCAUUAACUAAAGGCCAGCAAGCACUCAAGUCCCCAAGUGUUUUCCUGGUGUAACCACUUGUUAACUACAUUUUCUCUUCUUCUUUUUAUUUUUACAUUUUAGGGUGUUACAGUAAUUUGAAAGGCAAUGAGCAGGGUUUUUGGAACUUACCUUAAAAGCAAAGUGCUGAGAAGACACCUCUUCUUACAGAAGUCUUAUUAAACUCUUCUAGACUUGCUUUAGAAGUAACUGAUUUCCAUUGUACUUGUACUUUUCUUGAUUUACUUCUGGGAAAGCUUGAAUUUAAUAAAAUCUUGCAGAUUAAGUUUGGUACAUGACCUGGGGUCAGACCUGUAAUCAAGACACUGUAAUGCUGUAGCUGUCUCUUAAAGCCUGGGGAGCUGUCUUAUCUUAUCUUUGUAUUCCUGAAGCUUAAAAGAUAUGAAAUUUAAACUUAACAGAUAAAACUUAAUCCCUGGAGUGUAGGAAUGUGCAGUGUGGCCUUUGAGCUGUGCUGCUUUCUGAGGGUACAGAACCCCCCCUGCAAUGGAGUUACUGCUCCUGCUGCCACUAGUUGAGGUGUAAUAGCAGAGCUGAAAGGCAUCUUGUCCUUGUCUGUGUGUUAAAUACAGCACCAGUCCAGCUGAGUUAGUGCUGGAAUAUUCUCCAAGGCCCAUGUGAAUAAUGUCAGUGUUUAACUCUUCCUACAAGGAUAAAACCACUUUUCUCCUGGUCAGUCUCACUUUGUCCACUGUGGAUAAAUCUGGCACACAGAGAAACCUGCCCAGUAGUUUUGCUUGAGAUUGUGUAAAGAAAAUCAAAUUAUUAAAGCAGAAUAUUGUAAUGGGCCUGUUAAAUCAAGGAGUUCCUCGUGGGCUGUACCUUGUGGUGUUUGAGCAGUUCAGAAUUUGAUGGUUUUGGCAUAUCACAAGAGAUAUGUUCAGCCAAUAAAGUAUUGCCCCUGGUUUGGUAAUCCCAUGGUUCUGUCCCUGAGCUGGAGAACAGUUUUCCCUUAAAAUUCAGACUGCCAGGGUCCCAGUUGAACAAACUGAGCACCAAACAGCAAGUUUAAAACCCCAGUGACACUGCUCAUGUGCUUAAAGCCAGGCGUGUGCUGAACUACUGUGAACGGGGCCCUCCUCUCUCAGAUUUUUACUGUGCUGAUUAAUCUGUGUCAAUAUUGCCUGUCACUAAAGCAAAUGUUUAUUAUCUGUUCAGUGAAAUAAUUCCCCCCCUGUCCCAAGUUUUAGCUCACACAGACACUUUGGUGGUGGCUGUUGCUUUGUGUUAUAGAACUAUACACAAAGGCUACGGUAAGGUUUAGUAUUUGUCAUUUUCUCUGGGCUAUUCCUGGAUUUGGAAGGAACUCUUAAGGUUAAAGAUGGCUGGGGGGGGUGUUUAGGUUCUUUGGUUAAUGUUUGUUUCUUUUGUCUGUUUCUUUUUCUUUCAUUUCUACACAUUCAUGCAGUAUUUCAUGGUUCUAACAAAGCAGCAGUAAAAAAAGCUCUUGAAGCAUGAAAAUUAACUGUUCUUUUCCCUGGUUCAGCCUGAACUAUAUACCAGGCCCUGCUGAAAAUACCACCCAACAGUUUUCUUCUGCAGCUUAUCCAGUUUCUCUUAAGUGCCCUGUACAUAUUUGAAGCAGCCGACACGAGUCGUUGUUCAUAAAACAGCUUUUGAAAGUUGAGAGCACACCCCUGGAGAACCGACUGUGCUUGCUUACGUUUGGUUCAUGACUUAAAAAUCGAGUACAGGUGAUGAAACCUUGGCAGUGUUAACAAAAAAGUAGUGUGUAUUGUGCUAUUUUUUUGCUCUAGAAACUUAACCUUUUGUAGAGAAAAAGGAACAGUCAAAUUUUCACCCAUUGAAGUUGCAUUCUGACAAAAAAGUUAAUGCUAAAUAUUAAUAGCCAUCAAGCUUUGUAUUUUAGCCAACAUAAGUACUUUCAACAAACUCAGGUGGUGUAUCAGGGAGACUUUGCUGGGUGUAUUUGUGUAUUUUCUGCCUCUGGGAUGGGAUGCACUCUAAUGCCAGGCUGUUUCUCUGCAGGAGUCAUUCCUGAUGAGACUAAGGCUUUGUCUCUCUUGGCACCAGCUAAUGCAGUGGCUGGGCUGCUGCCCGGAGGUGGACUGCUGCCCACUCCCAACCCACUCUCUCAGAUUGGUGCUGUUCCUUUAGCUGCUUUAGGAGCUCCUGCUCUUGAUCCUGCCCUUGCUGCUCUCGGGCUUCCUGGAGCAAACCUAAACUCUCAGUCUCUUGCAGCAGAUCAGCUCCUAAAACUGAUGAGCACAGUGGAUCCAAAGUUGAACCAUGUGGCUGCAGGUCUUGUCUCCCCGAGUCUGAAAUCAGAUACCUCCAGUAAAGAAAUAGAGGAAGCAAUGAAGAGGGUCCGAGAAGCACAGUCCUUAAUCUCUGCUGCUAUAGAGCCAGACAAAAAAGACGAAAAAAGAAGACAUUCAAGGUCGAGGUCACGCUCGAGGAGGAGGAGGACACCUUCUUCAUCCAGACACAGACGGUCCAGAAGCAGAUCAAGGAGAAGGUCCCAUUCCAAAUCCAGAAGUAGGAGGCGAUCCAAAAGCCCCAGGCGAAGGAGAUCUCAUUCCAGAGAGAGAAGCAGGAGGUCCAGGAGCACAUCCAAAACCAGGGAUAAAAAGAAGGAAGAGAAAGAAAAGAAACGUUCUAAAACUCCCCCCAAAAGCUACAGCACAACCAGACGAUCCAGAAGCACAAGCAGAGAAAGACGGCGCAGGAGGAGCCGGAGUGGAACACGGUCACCCAAAAAGCCCAGAUCUCCCAAACGGAAAAUGUCCCGGUCCCCGUCUCCAAGAAGGCAUAAAAAGGAAAAGAAGAAGGAUAAGGACAAGGAGAGGAGCAGAGAUGAGAGGGAGCGGUCAACAAGCAAGAAAAAGAAAAGCAAAGACAAGGAGAAGGAUCGAGACCGGAAAUCCGAGAGCGACAAGGACGUGAAACAGGUCACAAGGGACUACGACGAGGAGGAGCAGGGCUACGACAGCGAGAAGGACAAGAAGGAGGAGAAGAAACUGGCAGAGGCCUCUUCCCCAAAGGGGAAGGAGCCUGGGGCCGAGAAGGGCAGUGGGGACCUCGGCAGGGAAUCCAAAGUGAACGGGGAUGACCACCACGAGGAGGACAUGGACAUGAGCGACUGA